CCCGUGCGUCACGUGACCGCCCCCACUCUAACUACGCGGCGAACUCCUCAAUUGCUGGCGGAAGUGGGUGCGUUCCUUGAGGUCACUUCCUGUCAGGUGACCGGAAUACAACAUGGCGCUGUCCAAGGAAUAAUACUAUCCGGCCUGCAUACGGAUGGUGAAUAAUACAGAGGACACUUUCUUGCAUUGAUGAUAUUUCCGCAGUGAUCUAUUUGAAGAGGGUGACCUGACAAGAUCCAGGAAAGCUGCCGUCAUCAUGAUGAACAAACUGUUGGUGGCGGAGUCACUGGUGGUGUUCUGCAUUGUCCUGAGUGUCCAUACUGUGGUGUGGGACCGCUUCUCCUGGUGCGCUCUGGCCUUGGCUGUGCAGGCGUUUUAUGUGCAGCACAAAUGGGACAGGUUAUUACAGAGCGGCGGAGCAGUAUUUCAGUAUAGACUAUCUGCCAAUAGUGGCCUUCUGCCAGCCAGCAUGGUCAUUCCCCUCCUGGGCAUUGUAAUAAGGGAGAGAUGUAAAGCUUCUGGCAAUGUUUACUUCGAGAGAUAUGGAGUUGUUGUAUCUGCCACCGGGAUGGCCUUAGCCUAUUUCCUUUCCGUCAUUGCACUGGGCAUCACAAAACCUGUACCAAAAAACACUUGCAUAGUGUCUGGAGCUGCUGGCAGUGCCAUAUUGUACACUAUGAAGAAUUCUCUAGCGGUGUCAGAAGUCAUUGAGGUUCUGGAGGUCCUCCUCAUCUUUGUCUACCUUAGCAUGAUUCUUCUAUACCUGAUGCCACGCUGCUUCACUCCUGGAGAAGCUUUGGUUGUUCUCGGUGGCCUCAGCUUCGUCCUUAACCAGCUCAUCAAACGUUCUCUGAAUACGGUGGGUGGCAAAGGAGAUCCCGCCGACUACUUGCUGCUGGUCACCCUGGUGGCUUUGGUCCUUCUCGGGAUCAUCUUCUCAGCCUUGUUCUUUUUCAUGGAUUCCUCUACCUGGACAUCUUCCCUGUUCUUUUACAUGAUGACGGCCGUGUUAGGUCUGGGAAUCUUCAUGCCGUGGCUUCAGUACCUUAUAAAGAGGCACCCACUCUUCUGGCUGGUGGAGUUCCUUUUGCAGAGCAGCCAGCGCCUCUACCUCCUCAGCUAUUGGGUAUUCCUUGUAUUUUGCGCUUGCGCUGUUGUUUUCUAUCAGAAUUCCAAACGGACUCCAGACUCGAAAAAGCUUCAAGUGUCCACCGUGACUCGCAAGUACUUUCACUUUUUUGCCGUUGCCACUUACAUCCCCGGACUUAUAUACGACAUGCAGCUACUUUUCGUUGCCUCUGUGGUUUGUUUUGCCGUCUUUGUGUUACUAGAAUACAUCCGCUACUUCCGAAUCAGACCGCUAGGACAGACAUUACGGAACCUGCUGACACUCUUCUUGGACGAGAGGGACAGCGGUCCUCUGAUUCUCACACACAUUUACCUUCUCCUAGGGAUGUCUCUUCCGGUCUGGCUGUUUCCAAGACUGUGUGCGUCCUCCCUAUCCAGCCCUUCCACUUUGCUUCCCUAUUGUGGGGUGCUGGCAGUGGGAGUAGGUGACACCAUCGCCUCUGUUUGUGGCAGCACCCUGGGUGAGCUUAAAUGGCCGGGGACCAAGAAGACAUUUGAAGGCACCAUGAUGUCUAUAUUUGCCCAGGUCAUCGCAGUUGCCUUGAUUCUUAUCUUUGACACGAAUGUGAACGUAAACAGCGGCUACGUGUGGUUGUUGGGAUCCAUCACUUUGGUGUCACUAUUAGAAGCCUUCACCACCCAAAUAGACAACUUGUUGCUGCCACUUUACCUACACAUCCUGCUGAUGAUCUGAGGGGAAGUGACUGGGUUUGAUGUAAUGAUCAGCUGAUCACCAGACAGUGUUAUAGGGAAAUACACAGGAGCACAUCCUUGUAUGUACCAAUGUUUUAAACAAGGAUCAAAUGCAAUAGGAUAGGAUUCAUGUUUUCUUUUUAUGGAAAACCGAUAAUGAAGAAUUAUAUGCACAGAAAUGCACUCAAACUGGGGAAGUGGGGGGUCAGAUAGGACCGGAUAUAAGGGGAUAUUUUCAAGGUUCACCUUUCUGAGGUCAUCACAUGCCUCUCUGACUUGCUAUAAAUAAUGCUGAUACAAACCAGGACAGGUAGAGCUCAUAGUAAUAUAUACCUUGCGUGUGUGUGCGUGUGUGUGUGUGUGUGUGUGUGUAUAUACCGUGAUCCCUCAACUUACAAUGGCCUCAACAUACAAUGGUCUUUUCUGGACCAUUGUAACUUGAAACCAGACUCAACAUACAAUGCUACAGACAGUCCAGAUCUGUAAAACGUGUCAAUGGCCAGAAGAAUCAACCAAUCAGAAUGGACAUUUUACUGGUAAAACCCCUGUAUUACUGAAGCGUAUGCACUGACUGACGUCUGGUAGCACCCCCUACAGUACAGAGAGGUAUUACAUGUUCUUCUGUACACUUUACCUUUACCAGGGUUACCUGCUCCUCUGGACACCAGGUGAGGGCGACUCCAUGUUACUUUUUUAGGACACUGUGUACUGUACAAGAUCCCGAAGAAGAUCCUGUCCUCUACAUAGACCAGUGUUUCCCAAGCCAGGUGCCCCCAGCUGUUGCAAAACUACAACUCCCAUCAUGCCCGGACAGCCUUUGGCUGUCCGGGCAUGCUGGGAGUUGUAGUUUUGCAACAGCUGGAGGCUCCCUGAAACACUGACAUAGACAGUGAUUUCAGCUCCCAGCAGAUCUUUCCUACUUUUAUAUAUAAGAACUUACUUUAUCUAUAUUAGUUAUCUACUUAUUUUUCUUAAAAUUUUCAUUUUUUUCCUAUUUUUGGAUGACAUUUUGGUGGCUUUAGAACCAAUUACCAAGUUUUCAUAGAGUUCUGGUCUCAAGAUACAAUGAUUUCAACAUACAAUGGUCGUCCUGGAACCAAUUAAUAUUGUAACUUGAGGGACCACUGUAUAUAU